CCCGCUCCCGGAAGAGACUCGGCGCGCUCUGGUGACGUAACCGCAACGCCGGAAGUGCGCGCAGUGGGCUCCUGGACGCCAGCAUGGCGGCUGCUGGGGCUCGCUGGAACCAUGUGUGGGUCGGCACUGAGACCGGGAUCCUGAAAGGGGUGAACCUGCAGCGCAAACAGGCGGCCAACUUCACGGCGGCGGGACAGCCGCGGCGGGAGGAGGCGGUGAGCGCCCUGUGCUGGGGCCCCGACGGCGAGAAGCAGAUGCUGGUGGGCUGCGCCGACAGGACGGUGAGGCGCUUCAGCACCGAAGACGGCACAUUCCAGGGCCAGAGACACUGCCCGGGAGGGGAGGGCACUUUCCGCGGACUCGCCCAGGUAGACGGCACCCUCAUUACCUGUGUGGAUUCUGGGAUUCUCCGAGUCUGGAAUGACAAUCAAAAAGAGUCAUCUGAAGACCCAGUCCUAGAACUGAGGGUGGGCCCUGGGGUAUGUCGGAUGCGGCAAGACCCAGAGCACCCCCACAUGGUUGCUACUGGUGGGAAGGAGAAUGCUUUGAAGGUGUGGGAUCUACAGGGAUCUGAAGAGCCUGUGUUCAGGGCCAAGAAUGUACGGAAUGACUGGCUUGACCUGCGGGUCCCCAUCUGGGACCAGGACAUUCAGUUCCUCCCAAAGUCACAGAAGCUUGUCACCUGCACAGGAUACCACCAGGUUCGCGUCUAUGAUCCAGCUUCCCCCCAGCGCCGACCAGUUCUAGAGGCCACCUAUGGAGAGUACCCACUGACGGCCAUGACCCUCACUCCUGAGGGCAAUUCUGUGAUCGUGGGGAACACUCAUGGACAGCUGGCAGAGAUCGACCUUCGGCAAGGACGCCUCGUAGGCUGUCUAAAGGGCCUGGCAGGCAGUGUCCGAGGACUGCAAUGUCAUCCUUCAAAGCCCCUCCUAGCCUCCUGUGGCUUGGACAGAGUCUUGAGGAUACACAGGAUCCGGAAUCCCCGGGGUCUGGAGCACAAGGUUUAUCUCAAAUCUCAACUGAACUGCCUCCUCCUGUCAGGGAGGGAGAACUGGGAGGAUGAGCCCCAAGAACAAGAGCCCAGCGAGGUGCCCCAGGAAGACACAGAGACUGAUGAACUCUGGGCCUCCUUGGAGGCAGCUGCCAAGCGAAAGCACCCUGAGAUGGAGCAGACCCAAAGGGCUCUCCAACCAAGAAGCAAGAAAAAACGUCCUGGGUCCACCAGCUCCUGAAGAAGAGCCCUUGCUCACUUUGUAAAUAAAUAAAAUAGCUCCACACCCACCCCAA